AUGCGCGUAAAAGGAUACACAAUAGGAGAGGACCAAACUCGUGGGCCCCUUAGGAUCAAGGUGAAAGCCAGGACUAGUGGUAUAGUCGAAAAUGAUGUAUACCCAAUGAACCCAGACUCCAGAGGGUAUGUCUGCAUCCUGAGUUUUGGGUCAUUCGAGAGGAGGCCUGAUCUGAAGUUGGAAGCCUCAGAGGAUGACGCCAGCAACCUGGCCAAUGUGUUUAACCAGAUGGGCUAUUCCGGAGAAGUUCAUCACUCGUUGACCUCAAAUGAAACCAAAGAGACCUUAACAAGAAUAAGGGAAAUGAAAGAGCUGUGGGAUGCGGUUAGUGCCACUUUCAUCAUCUCUAGCCACGCUACCAGCGACAACGAUGCUUUCUUUGCAUCAGAUAUGCAACAGUUAUCUACUGAAUGGUUACUAGGUUUUUUCAGUGAUGCCAAAUGUCCUCAGCUAAAGAACAAGCCUAAGCUCUUCAUCUUUGAUCUCUGCAGAGGUUACUAUACUGACAGCUGGACAAGUGUUCCUAGAUUUUUAUUUUGA